GCGGAAAUGGACCAAGGGGAUGAAAAUGUCGCAGCCAAUGAACGCAACGCUGUUUUUUUGAGUAGUUGCGGCGCCUCACACUUUUUUAUUACUCACAAUUUUAAGCGCCUUGUUGAAUUUAAUGUGCCACAAAAUUCUUAAAACUCCUUGCUUGGUCAAGGCACGCAGCUGGUCAGCUUCGGCGUCGGAAGUAAAUGCCAAGUUCAGUCGCUCGACGAUUAUUGAAGUGAUUAGUUCAAAACGCUUAUCAUACAUUUAACGGAUAUUAAUUGAAAUGCUGCAACAAAAUCCAUCACCGCCACAUCAUGUGGACGAUGUUAACAACAAAUCUCCAACUCCAACACAAACUGUAAUCGUGACUCCGCAACGUCCUUCGUCUCCACGUCAAUUCUUUGAGCGCCUUUACGGUCACCUCGAGACGCGGACGCACAAGAGUGAAAACGGUGACAUCGAUGUGGGCACUCACAUCGAAACGCCUUACCAGAGCGACGGAGGCAGUGCAUCCUCGCCGGAUAUAUCGAUCAGUGACGAACGUGUCUCCAUAAUAAAUUGUCCGACUUACGACUUGCAUGGUCCUCCGCCGGAUUAUAGCACAUAUAGAGCCAUAUCCAGUGGACCUUCGCCGCCGGCUCUACAAUUUCCGGCCUUUCCCACUGAUCCCCACAUCACAGCUGGCUUCUCGGCAUUUUUGGCUCGUCGCAGACGCAAGGAAGGACGUCAGCGAAGGCAGCGCACCACAUUCAGCACGGAGCAAACGUUGCGCCUGGAAGUGGAGUUCCAUCGGAAUGAAUAUAUUUCGCGGAGUCGUCGCUUUGAGCUGGCGGAGACGCUUCGUUUGACGGAGACGCAAAUCAAAAUCUGGUUUCAAAAUCGUCGGGCCAAGGACAAACGCAUUGAGAAAGCGCAAAUUGAUCAACACUACAGGAACUUUGUCGUGGCCAAUGGUUUUAUGAGCACUAUAAUGGGCCAAACGGCAACCCCAGCUCCUGGCGGGGGAGUGGGCGUGGCCUACUAUGGAACGCCAACGGGUUUGCUGCCCGCACCGCUCAUAAAUAACGUUCGCCAUGCGGAUGUUAAUUACGCUGACAUUGAAGAGCAGCAACGCCAUCUCAACCAUAACAACAACAACAACAGCCACCGCCACCAACUGCAUCCCGAGCAGCAGCAGCAGCAGCAAGAGGAAGAGGAGCAGCAGCGACGCCGCCGCUUUGUGCCACCGCCAACGCUCGUCAACAGUUGCUAGCAGCGUUCUCGCAUUUCACAUGCACUUUCAAUAGAGCUUUAAAUUAUUUAUCAAACUAAGUUGCUAUGUUAAGCGCAUAUCUUACAAAUAAAACCACUUUAAUGCAAUUGUCCAA